AUUAAAACCACGGGUCUCUCUCACGCAAUCAUACCAGUGUUUACCUCUCUGCUUGUUUCUCUCUCCCCUCAUCUCGACGCAUCUUUGGGUUCUUUACUGAAGCCCGAGAAUACAUUACACAUCUCUUUGUUAUUAUACCCAGCCCUUGCAACUGCACAACCCGCGACGCGCACGCUUGUCACUCUUUGAGUUGUACACAGUCACAUCAUGGGCGCGGAAGAGCUGCGAUAUGACGGCCAGACGGUCGUCGUGACGGGUGCUGGUGGUGGUCUGGGCCGCGAGUACGCCGUCUUCUUCGGUAGCCGUGGCGCCAGUGUUGUCGUCAACGACCUUGGUGGAAGCUUCAAAGGCGAAGGCGCGGGUUCCGCGGCUGCAGACAAAGUUGUCGAUGAGAUCCGCGCCGCAGGCGGUAAGGCAGUUGCCAACUACGAUUCAGUCGAGAAUGGUGAGGCCAUCAUCAAGACGGCCAUCGACGCCUUCGGGCGCAUUGAUGUGCUUAUCAACAACGCUGGUAUCCUGCGGGAUGUCAGCUUCAAGAACAUGAAGCAGGCAGACUGGGAACUUAUCUACAAGGUCCACGUGCUGGGCGCAUUCAAGUGCACGAGGGCGGCGUGGCCAUUCUUCAGGAAACAGAAGUAUGGACGUGUUAUCAACACAGCGUCGGCUGCGGGUCUGUUUGGGUCCUUUGGGCAAGCCAACUACUCUGCCGCCAAACUCGCCCUCGUUGGUUUCACCGAGACGCUCGCCAAGGAGGGUGCCAAAUACAACAUCAUUGCCAACAUCAUCGCCCCGAUUGCUGCCAGCCGUAUGACCGAGACUAUCAUGCCUCCCGACCUACUGGCAAAGCUGAAGCCCGAGUGGAUUGUCCCACUCGUAGCCGUCCUUGCACACAAGUCCAACACCUCCGAGUCAGGCUCCAUAUUCGAGGCUGGUGCCGGUCAUAUCGCCAAGCUGCGGUGGGAGCGCGCUGGCGGUGCACUGCUUCGGGCCGAUGACACCCUGACUCCAGGCGCUCUGCUCUCCAGGUGGAGCGACGUCGUUGAUUACACCAAGGCCGAGUACCCAACAGGUAGCUCGAACCCCGUCGAGCUUCUCGAGAAGGCUAGCCAAUUGCCGCCCAAUCCCAAGGGCGAAGAGCUCGACUUCAAGGGCAAGGUCGCUUUGGUCACCGGUGGUGGUGCUGGUCUCGGCCGCGUCUACUGCUUGGAGUUGGCCAAGCGUGGUGCCAAGGUUGUUGUCAACGAUCUCGUAAACCCUGACCCUGUUGUGCAGGAGAUCCAGAAGAUGGGCGGUGAGGCCGUUGGCAACAAGGCCGAUGUCCAGAACGGCGAGGCUGUGGUCAAGACCGCCAUCGAGACAUAUGGCCGCAUUGACAUCCUCGUCAACAACGCUGGUAUCCUCCGCGACAAGGCCUUCGCCAACAUGACCGACGAGCAAUGGGACAUCGUUCACAAGGUCCACCUUUUCGGCACAUACUCUGUGACCAAGGCUGCCUGGCCCUUCAUGCUGAAGCAGAAGUAUGGCCGUAUCGUCAACACCACCUCCACCAGUGGUAUCUACGGCAACUUUGGACAGGCCAACUAUGCUUCGGCGAAGUGUGGUAUUCUCGGUUUCUCCAGGACGCUCGCCAUGGAAGGCAAGAAGUACAACAUCUUUGUCAACACCAUCGCACCCCAAGCUGGCACACAAAUGACUGCAACCAUCAUGCCCGAGGAAGUGGUCCAGGCACUGAAGCCUGACUUCAACGCUCCCCUUGUUUUGAUCCUCGUCUCAGACAAGGCUCCCGAGCAAACCGGCGCACUGUAUGAAGUAGGUGCUGGCUGGUUUGGCCAGACCAGGUGGCAGCGCACAGGAGGUCACGGCUUCCCCAUUGAUGUCAAGCUCACCCCAGAAGCUGUUCUCGAGCAGUGGAGCCGAAUCAUCAACUUCGACGACGGCCGCACCGACAACCCCGACAGCACUAGCGGUCUCAAGUCCAUCAUGGCCAACAUUGAGAACACCAGCAAGAAGACCAAGACAGAGAAGAAGUCGAACAAGACCAACGAGGAGGUCAAGAAGGCUCAAGACGCGGCCUUCGCUGCCAAGUCUAACGGCACACCCUUUGAGUACACCGAGAGGGACGUCAUUCUCUACAACCUUGGUGUUGGUGCUAAGCGUACCGACCUGCCUUUUGUCUUCGAAGGCGACGACAACUUCCAGGUCAUCCCCACAUUCGGCGUUGUCCCUCCCUUCAACGUCGAGAACCCCUUUUCGUUUGACGACAUUGUCCCCAACUUCGAUCCACGCAUGUUGCUCCACGGCGAGCAAUUCCUCGAGAUCCGCAAGUUCCCCAUCCCAACUUCCGCCAAGCUCGUCGCAAAGGCCAAGCUUGUCGAGGUUGUCGACAAGGGCGCUGCCGGUCUCAUCGUCACCGGAUCUACCACAGUCGACGCGAACACCGGCGAGGAGAUCUUCUACAACGAAGCCACCGUCUUCAUCCGCGGCGCCGGAAACUUUGGCGGCCAGAAGAAGGGUGCCGACCGCGGCGCCUCCACCCGCGUCCACAAGCCCCCGCAGCGCGCUCCCGACGCCGUCAUCGAGGAGAAGACCACCGAGGAGCAAGCAGCCAUCUACCGCCUCUCCGGCGACUACAACCCCCUGCACAUCGACCCUGUCUUCAGCAAGGUCGGCGGCUUCCCCACCCCCAUCCUGCACGGCUUGUGCUCGUUCGGUAUCUCGGGCAAGCAUGUGCUGCAGCAAUACGGCCCGUUCAAGAACAUCAAGGUCCGCUUCACCGGCGUCGUCCUGCCAGGGCAGACGCUCAUCACGGAGAUGUGGAAGACGGGGAAUACGGUGCUGUUCCAGACUAAGGUCAAGGAGACGGGCAAGUUUGCCAUCUCGGGCGCGGGUGCAGAGCUUUUGGGCGGGGGAAGCAAGUUGUAGGAAAAUUACCGACUUUGGCGUGUUCUUUUGAUUGUUAGCAUGUAGGCGUCUGGUUUGUGUUGUGUAUAUGUAUAGUUGGUUUAUGAUAUCAUAUUCUUAUUCUC